CACAGCCUCAAGCACUACUAGUAUAAAAAUUGGGUGCGGUUAAAGGGAAGAGGAGACCUGAUUUGAAUUCCAGGGGGCGCUGUUGUGGUGGUGGCGGCGAUAGUGGAGCUAGUGGCGAUGGUGGUGAUGUUAAUGGUGGUAAUGAUGAUAUAUAUGCCGUGCCGAAUAGGAAUCGACUUCAAGCAAAAAAUAGUCAACUUGGACGGAGUUCCUAUCAAAUUACAAAUAUGGGACACGGCCGGGGAGGAAAGGUUCAGGACACUGACGACGGCUUACUACCGUGGUGCCCAGGGUAUCGUCCUCGUCUACGAUGUUACCAACCUCGACUCCUUCAACCACCUCUCCUACUGGCUCAGAAACAUUGAAGAGAACGCAUCGCCAGAAGUGGUGAAGGUGCUGGCGGGGAAUAAGUGUGAGGUGAAUAACCAGCAGCGAGCUGUGGACAAGGAGAGAGGACAGAAGCUAGCGGAGAGUUUCGACAUGCCAUUCUUUGAAGUAUCUUGUCGAGGAGACGUGAUGGUGCAGGAUACCUUCCUAACACUGGCCAGGCUUAUACGAGACCUGAGGCAGAGACGGGCAAGUUUGUUUGAAGAGCGGGAGCGGCAGCACGAGGGAGUCAAGUUGGAGGCAGAUCAGAAGGGUGAGAAUGGAGCCUCGGCUUGUGCAUCCUGUUGAGCCUUGGAGAUUUGAGCAUCUUGCUAAGACGCCUUCACCUACGUAUGUGUGUCGUGCCCAGACCUACAGCUGUGUGUCCUGCUAAGCUAUGCACAUCUACCAUCAUAAUGAUCUGCACCUCUUAUCUUGCUUUUAAAUACUCUUAAGGAAACAACAGUGAAAGGCAUGCAAAAUUAAUUCACCAUUUCGAAAUGUGUAUAAGGCGAGAAAAAUGCCGUAGAAAUACAAACUUCAAAAUAAAUGUAAAGAUAUUAAAUGUACGAAACAACAAAGACAAAGAUAGACUGAGGAACUGUUGAGAUGGAAACAAAAGAAAUAUAAAAUGAAGGAAGUUCCAGUGAAGUGUACGUCAAGAGAACCCAGCUGUGAUCAUAAGAGACAUGCAGUGUUUAUAAGUUUAUGAUUUUUCAUUGUAAAUAAUCAUAAUGAUGGUAUUUAAAUGUUAAAAGUAACACAAGCAUUGCUUUUUAAAACCAUAGAUGAUGAGUGUGUGGAAUGAAAGGGUUUUAGUAGACUCAUAAUAACAUGAGCUCAACACUGCAGUAAAUAGGCAACAUGGUAUGUGGUGCAAAAUGCUAAAAUUAACAGUGAUAACCAGCACACUAUUUUUCCAUACUGUAUGCUUACAUGUAACUCAUUCUUUUUUAUUUAGCUGCUCAUUUUUAAAUAAUUGUUAAAAAAGUAGAUUUUGAGAAAUCAAAGCAUUAGUGAAGCUACACCUUGUUCACACAUCGGGAGAGUAGCUACUACACGAAGGAAAGUGGCCAAAUAAUUAUGUUUAAUCAUACAGUCUUUGUUUUCCUAAUUCAUGUACACUUGGCCCUCAGUUAAGGCAGCAUUUACUAGCAAACUAAGUGCAUUACACGGUAUAAAAAUAGAAUGCCAGAUUUGCAAUUUCCUCUAUAUCCUAAUGCAUUCUGCUUAUGGUAUGAAAUAUAAA